AUGUCUACAAUAACCGAGGCCUACGUCGCCCAACCACCCUCCCCCCCAACCCUCAAGAAAAUCAAGUACCCGACCCCUCUCGCCCCCCAUGAGGUCCUCGUCGACAUCGCUGCCGCCUCCAUCUGCCACUCCGACCUCCGCGCCGCCGCAGGGACCUUCCUCCUCCCACCGCCCCUCAUCCUGGGCCACGAGGGCGCCGGCCGUGUGCGCGCCGUCGGCCCAGAGGUGACCUAUGUCCAGCCAGGCGAUGCCGUGGUCCUGGCGUUUGCCUCGUGCAUGAAGUGCCGCUGGUGCAGGAAGGGGCAGAAUCCGUACUGCGACGAGAUGUUCCGGCUGAACUUUAGCGGGCGGAGGGAUGAUGGGAGUGCAGUGGCGACGGUGGUGGAGGACGAGGAGGACGGGAAUAAAGAGGGAGAAAGAAACGUAGAGGUGGGUGGGUUCUUCUUUGGGCAGAGCAGCAUGGCGCGGAUCGCCCUGGCGAGGGAGGAGAGCUGUGUCAAGAUUGGGCAUGUGGGAGAGGCGGAUUUGCGGUUGUGCGCCACUCUGGGCUGUGGGAUUCAGACGGGCGCCGGCACCAUCAUGAAUGUCGUCCAACCACCUCCCGGAUCAAACCUGGCCAUCUUUGGCGGCGGUGCCGUCGGUCUUGCUGCCCUGCUCGCGGCCCAGCUCACCUCGCCAGCCUGUAUCGUGCUGGUCGACACGUCGCAGACCAAACUGGACAACAUCCGUGCAAUGUCGAUCCUCGGGCCCAAUACGCACCUGUACAACCCCUCAGGCAAGUCCAACGAGGAGGUUGCCGCGGAACUAAACAAGUACACACCUGACGAGCACGGCAUGGACUUUGCGCUGGACUGCGUCGGGAACGAGAACAUUAUCAAGACGGCACACCUGGCCCUGGACAAUAGGGGAAUGCUCGUGACGAUUGGGGCGGGCGUGGCCUCGAAUGUGGCCGGGUUUAAUCUUGAGGAGCACCUGGUCAAGGGCAUCACGCAUCGAGGCACGCACCAGGGGGACUCGGUUCCUAGGCAGAUGAUCCCGAGGCUGUUUGAGAUGUAUAAGGAGGGGCAGUUUCCUUUUGACAAAUUUGUGACUGCGUUUGGGUUUGAGGAGAUGGAUAGGGCUUUGGACGAGAUGAAGAAUGGCAGAGUGGUCAAGCCUCUUUUGGUUGUGUGA